GGACGCCGGAUCGUGUUGCUGAAGGCGGUGGGAAAAUGUGAUAAAACGCCUGUUUACCAAUUUCCCCUCUUGAAAACAAUUGUUAUUUUUUGCAUAAUAGUGGUCCAGAGUGUAAAUAAAACUGCAAGUCGCGGACCGUGCAUUCAAACUUUGACUGACGGCUCGACUGUGAUGGACGGUGGCCGCAAAACAGCGUCCUGACCGUAGGCCUACCAUGCACCCUCCCCCGGAGCAAGUCCAUCAGCUGCGAACACCAACUAUUUCACAUCGGUUUAUCGUUGCCAUGGUUGGGUUUCUCUGUGAAAGCCGGUAAAGGGCACCUGCACUAUAAGCCUAAUGAUGGAUGAAGAUGAUGUGGGGUCAGAGGACCUUUUCCCACCAGGAGUCCAAGACAACCCUAUAGAAGAAAGCACAACCCCCUCUCUGCUAGCACAAUCCCCUCAGAUUGGCAGGAACCCCUCCCAGACCAAUGAUGGUAAUAAUGGCAGUGAUGUUUCAUAUUUUGUAUCAGAGCCGGAUGUUAGCCCACCAGGGACUAAUCCGAGUAGGAAGCUCUGGCCCUCUCGUGAGCAGUCCAGCAAUCCUUUCUCUUCUCCUCAUGGGCAUCAUCCUCUGAUGGAAAAGCGUGUUCCUGUUGUUAAUUUUGAUGAUGAUGUGGAUUUUACUACAGAUGAUGCACCUUGGACAGAACUUGAAAGUGAACCCCAUGCUCAGCUUAAUUCACACUCACCUUUCAAGUCAAACCAGUGGAGAGGUAGAGGGUUUUAUGGGUCAAAUCCACCACGUGAGCCGUUAGCACCUCCAGAGGAAUUUCAUGGUCCACGACGUGGACGUGGCAGGAGUAGAGGUUUCAGAGGCGGACCAGCUUACCCACCUGGUGGCUAUGAAGGAUGGAACUAUGAUUAUGACAUGUAUUCCUAUGGUUACCCUGGUAGUUAUGAUAAUGGGUCAGAGUAUCAACAGGACGAAGCAUUCAGUGACUUCUCGGGUGCCCAGCCUGUAGCUUUGCCAGAAUGCCCAGCACCUUAUUCUCAAGAGACCUAUGAACCCUAUCAAAAUCUAAGCCAUUCUAAUCCCCCCCCACCUGGUAGCAAUCCACCCCCUCCCCCGAGCGAGCCCCCUCUUCCUAGCUGCAGCAACCCACCCCCUCCCAGUGCUAUUCCACUCCCUGACAUUCCUUUCCCCUUAUGUAUCCCGCCCCUACCCCCUUCAGAUGGCAGAAUCAAGUCAGAUGCUGAUCGUUUGAAUGAGAGCAGGGAUGAAAGUUCUUGCACUGAUGAACUCAACUCAAGUUUUUACUCUCCAAGUCAGUCUGCAGCAGAGGAUGAAUCAUCCACAUCUCAACCGACACCUACUAAGUCACUUGUUCCAGUAAUUGGAAAGGAACUUGCUAAGAAACGCCUCAGGGCGUUCCAGCUAUCCAAGCAGGCAAACUUGUCUGCUGGUACAUCUAAGAGCUCUGCACGUCUUAACGAUUCUAUUGCAGAGAUUGCUCUAGAUGAUGACAGUCCUUCUACUACAUCUUCUACUGCUCCAUCAGAUGAACUGAAGAAAAAGAAAACCAAAGCAGGAUCCAGAGAGGAUCAGUUACGAGCCACCGUUGCCUCGAUUGAAGCAUUGAAGAGACAAGAACUGGAUAUGAUGAAGGCUCAUUCUCAUCGCUCAGCACGUAAUGUUGACUUUUCACCUCUGGCGCCUCUUCUUGACAGUUCUUCGAAUCCUUUGCUUGCAGGUCUGUUUAGCCUUCCUGAAGAUAAAGAAAAAGGCAAGACAGGAUCCAAGGAUGAUAAAGGCAGCACCCAUAAAGAAGAUCGAGAUCGACGGCGCCACAGGAGAAGAAGCCGUAGCCAUAGCCGUGAUCGGAAACACAAGGAUAAACACAGAAGCAAGGAUCAGGAGAGAGAUAAACGCAAGGACAGGGGAAAGUCAAAGGAUAAAGGGAAGGAUAAAGAAAAAGAGAAGGAUAAAGAAAAAGAGAAGGAAAAGGAUUUUGACAAGGACAGAUCAAGGGAUAAAAAUCGGCCUGAGGAAGAGGAGUCAUCUCCUCAGGAAAAAAAGAAAGAUAAAAAAGAUGACAAAAAGAAUGAUAAGAAAGACGAUAAAAAAGAUCAUGCCAUUCCUCAAUCAUGGUCAGAAUGUUUUAGUAUGGGAUACACUACUUUUGAAGAUUUAGAAACAUUGAGAGAUAGAAUAAAAGAAUUGGAGAGAAAAAGUUCUAAAAGUGAUCACAAAGAAACACCAAGAAAUAGAAGUCGUGACCAAUCCAGUAAAAGGAGUAAAGAUCGUGACAGUAAUAAAGAUGAAAAUGGGUCUAAAAGUGACAGUGUACAUGAAAAAGGCACACAAGGGGCUAAGGUUUCCAUUUUCGACCUUCCUCGGCGGAAUUUGAAUUCUAUUGUGACUACUACCAAGAUUUUUCCAGAAGCUAUGCUUAAAUACACCAAAACAAAACCAGCAAUUGUAUUUUGUGGUAACCCAAAUCUGAUACCUCAGUUUGACAGCCGUGCAGUAAUUAUUGAAAGAGCUCCUGAUGAUAUUCUUGAUACCUUAAACUUCUUUUUUGAAGGGAGACGAAGGAUGCAAAAGAAGCAAAGUGUUGAUCUCCCUACUAUGGCAGGCUUAGCUGCUUUGCAAGAGUCCUAUGAAGAUCAAACUGCAGAGGAUGAGAAGGGAAAUGUCCAGGAGUGGUACCCACAGCAUGAUUAUCUCAUUUCACGCUUGAAUGAAUUAAAUGAUGAUGACGACUACAUUAUCUUAGAUGGUGACAAAACUUUAAGGGAAAAGCCUAUUCAAACAGAGACAAGUGACAUCAAAGAUGAAGCUGACAAAGGGAUCACCAUUGGUGAAGCACCCAGCCCUCAGAAUGCUGCUGAUGAUGAUGAAUUAGCACUUGUAACUGACCGUUCAACUGUGCGUUCAAAGUGGGAUAGUGAUUUUGAAGAAGGAGAGGAAGAAUUUCCCCUCUCAAAGACUGACAAUACAGUUGAAGAACUUGGAAAUGUUCAUGAAGAUGUACCUGAAAACUCCCAGGAUGAUAAAUUGUCUAGUUGGGACAAGGUAAAUGAAAAGUUAGUAACUGAAAGUCUGACUACUAAAACUUCUGAGAAAAAAAGUAAAAAGAAGAAGAAGAGACGUGACAGUAGGGCACUGGAGAAUGUGGAACAAGUUGAUAGCAAUUCUAAGCAUGCAGAUUCUAAAGAUGGAAAAGAAAGUGUCAAACAUAAGGAUUCAAAGUCAUCUAAACUCACCAACUUACAUGAGAAACCAUUGAGUACCUUAGAUGGUCCAGGAAGUGUCAAAGUAAGUGAUUGGGAAGAUGAGGAUGCGGAUAAAGUUAAGUCUACUCAGCCCUGUUCAGAAAAGUCACCCCAAAAGAAAACUGAAGGCAAAAGGAAACAUCAUGACAGUGUCAACAAGGAAGGUAAAUCAAAACCAGAAGCAGAUAAGAAGGAUAUGUGGGAUGACUUUCCAAAUGAUUCAAGUGGGAGAAAUGGAAAUUCUCCUACCAAAAAAAGAAGUUCUGCUAAAACUGAGCUUGUUGAUGGGCCUGUGAGUAACAAGAAGGAGAAAAAAGACAGAUCAAAGCAGAAAACAAAUGAUUUUGAAGGUGACAAAACAAUCAAAGAAAAUGUUUGGGAUAAUGAUGAAGAAAUGGACAACAGCACCCAAACUGUUAAAAAUUUGGGACUUUCUUCACAUCAAAACCCUUCAGAGGAACCCAUACUAACAAACCCACUUGCUUCUGAAUAUGAGGAGUUUAUGAAAUUCGUUGAAGUUGGUGAUGACAAUGAUGUUUCUCAAGCGAAACCAGCUGACAAUCCUGGGGAAGUGAAGAAGCCAGCUACUGUAGAUGGAGACUGGGAAGCAUCGUCUCCCACCAACCCUGAUGAGUGUAAAAAGCCUAAGUCUGAUUCAAGUCGAGAAAAGCAGUGGGAAGAAGAUGAUGACAAAGAAACCAGAAGAAGUGGUGCGAAGAGCUCUAACCAUGGCUCUCGAGACUCAUCUAUCUCAGAAUUUAAUGCUCAAGAAUUACUACUGACCAAAGCUGGUCUCUCCACCUCAGACUUGGAACGACUUAUGGUUGAUAAGGGUAAACGAUCUCAAGAUAUUAUCAGUCUAGUUGACAAAGAACUUAACCGCCUGAAGGAAAAGAUCAGAAAUAAAUCCACCAAGAAGAAAAAGUCUAAAAAGGUCAAAAAGACAUCUGGAAAAUCCUCAUCAUCUGAUGAUGAGAGCUCUUCAGAGAGUGAAGAAGAGACUAAGGUAAAAAGAAAGAAAAAGAGGAAAUCUGUUGACAACAAGAAAAAGAAACAAAGGCGAUCAAAAUCCUCUAGUACUUCAAGUGAUUCAGACAGUGAUGAUGGAAGUGGGAGUGAGGACAAAAAGAAAAAGAGACGAAAAAACAGAAAAACUAAAGAUCGCUCUGACUUGAAAGUUGAUAAGCAUUCCAAGAAGGACAAAGAAGCUGCCAAAGACACUGAUUCUAAAACAAAGAAAGGGAAAAGAUCAAAGACUGAUGAUGGUGAAUCACUUGGCACUAAAAAGGACAGAGACAAGUCAAAGAAAAGAGAUAAAGAACUCAAAAGGAAAAAGAAGAAAGUAAAAGUGAAGGCUUCCAGCAGUUCUAGUAGUGACAGUGAACCAGACACCUCAUCUAGUGAUUCUGACAAAAAGUCCAAAAAACACAAAAAGAAAAAGGAUCGCAAAAAGAAGAGAAGAAAGCAGGACACGAGCUCAAGUUCCAGCUCAAGCAGUGAUGAUUCGACUAGCAGUGAUAGUGACUCUGAUGACAGCUCUUCAUCAGACGAGUCUAAGAAAAAGUCGAAACAAAAACAGAAAAAGAAGAAGUCUGAAGAAACAAGCAAAGAGACUUCAAAGGUGAAGAGCAAAGGGAAAAAGAACAAAGGCGAUAAAAAAUCUCAGCAGCAAACCGAUGGUGAAGAUGUUUUGAAAAGCUGGGAGGAAGAAAUUGCACCCAGCGAUGCUAAGGACCCUCCAACUGAGACUCAACCACCGGACUCCAGUGCUCAGACUGAGGGUAAUCUGAAACGGAAAUACGAUUUAAAUGCUGAUGCGGACUCAUUUGAUAUUGAAGCAGCUCAGCCUCCUAAGAAGUCGCGAGAGGAAAAGAAGAGCCGCACCCAUAGUGAAGACGAUCGAAGAAAGUUGAAAGAGAAAUCGAAGGAAUUAGAGAAGGGGCGGCACCGGCACACGGAGCGGGACAAGAAGGAGAACACGACAUCCGAGAGCACCGCGUCCGACAAGGACCAGCCCAGGCUCAAGUCCAAGGAUUCUCACUCUAAUGACCUCCAAUCAAAGAACGCUCAGCUCCAAGGCUCCCAAACCAAGGACUCUCAGUCCCAGGAUUACCAAGCCAAGGACUCUCAGACCCAGGACUCCCAAGCCAAGGGCUCUCAGUCGCAGGACUCCCAAGCCAAGGACUCACAGCCAAAGGAUUCCGAGGCCAAGUCCAAGGACGCCGGGGCCAAGCGAGCAGCGUCAACGUGGGACAGCUUGGACGACGAAAUGCAGGACUUCCCCACCAACAACCUCAAGUUGCAGCAGCCCCGGCGCCGCAAGGACCGCGAACACCGCGACGGCCGCCGCGCCUCCGCGAGCGAAGCCAGCGAAGCCUCCCAGCAGAAGAAGGAAGGCGACCGGAAGCGCGACCGCGAGGCGGACCGGACCAUUUGGGACUGCGAGGCGGACCGGACCAUUUGGGACACGGAAGUGGACCGGAACGUGGACCGGAAGGCCGACCGGCAGGCGGACCGGAGGCCGGACACCCCCGACACGUGUGGAGAGAACCUGGCCGAGGCCGCGCCCUCAUUGCCAGCCUUGCCCGCCUUCUCCGCGGCCCCCAGCGCGCCCUCGCCCUCCGUGCCGGACUCUUGGGCCGCAGAGGACAAGUACAGCUCGGACAGCAUGUCCAUCGCUAGCAGCGGCAGCCCGGCCCGCGAGGACGCCGUGAUGAUCGACAUCCCGCUGCCGGUCCCCGCCCCGGUGCCUUCCAUGUUCUCCGUGCCGCCCCCGUCGAUGGUGCGGGGCAUGGAGGACGCCGACGACGGCUGGGAGGAGCCGCUGCCCCCCGGCGUGGAGGACGGCGACGUGGUGACGCCGACCAAGGCUCGUGCUCCCAUCACGGUCAAGCUGUCCAGUAGCAAGUCGCUGAGCCUGGCGCCGCGCGCGCGCACCGUCGUGCCCCUGGCCGCCUUCGAGGAGGACGCGGAGGUGGUGCAGCGGCCGCGGCCGUUCGCCUUCGACUUGGGCCCUGCUCCUGCUCCAGCCACCACGCCAGCCCCCGCGCCCGCGCCAGCCCCGGCUCCAGCACCCCCGCUGGAGUCUCCGCCCAUCGAGGAGCCGCCCAAGGCAGAGGUCCCGCUGGCCAGCAACUCCAGGUGGAGGUCUAUCGGAAGCGAGGUGGUGGAACCCCCCGCGGAGGUCGAGGACCCCGUGGAGCACAUGGAGGCCGUUGACAACGCCAAGGUGUCUCCGGCGACGCCCAAGAGCGCCAAGGGCGUCGUCAUCAUGGUGGGGUCGGCCAAGCGCGCCACCGAGGAGCAGCGCUCCAAGCGGAAGUCGCGGUGGGGCGAGAAGCCGCCCGCAGAGCCCGCGCCGCACGAUGCAGCGCACGAGGCAGUGCGCGAGGCAGUGCCCCAGGAGGCGCGGCAGCCCGACGCGGCCAGGGAACUCAGUGAAGCCGAAGCUCGCCUGGAGGCAGAAGCAAGGCUGGAGUCAGUGGCGCCACCGCGCGGCUGGUCAGAAGUGCCUUUCGACGAGGCCCCUGGUUGGCGGGACAGCUUCCAGGACGCCUUCCAGGACCCCAGCUGGCAGGAUCCCACUUUGGAGCCGCCCAUCAGCAUCCCCGCCCCGGACCUGGCGGUCAUCAGGGCCAUGGAUGAGGCCAUGGGCCUGGGCCUGGACGAAAGCAUGGGGAUGGGCGAUGCCAUGGGUAUGGGGCUGGGCCACGACAUGGGCGUGGGACUGAGCAGUGCCAUGGGCAUGGCGAUAGGCGAUGCCAUGGGCAUAGGCCUGGACAAGACUGACUACGACAACCUGGACCUGGCCGAGCCGGAGACCGAGAAGAGGCGCGAGCGCGACCGGGAGCGUGAACGAGACCGCCCCAAGCGGGAUCGGGAGCGUGACAGAGAGCGCGAGCGAGACCGAGAUCGGGAUCAAGAUCGGGGCCGCCGGGACCGGGACCGCAGGGAUGACGGUCGAAAGCGGCGGACCCGCAGUCGAAGUGUGGAACGCCGGUCCGACCGGAGUCGAGAGCACGACCGGAACCGAGAUCGAGACCGCGACAAGGACCGAGGCCGAGGCGGCCGCCGAGAUCGCACUCCUGAGCGAGAGCGGGAGCGCGACCGGGAUCGGGACCGGGAACGCGACCGGGACCGUCGCCGCAAACGCGACGACGACCGCCGGGGCGGCAGGGAGACUGGCAGGGAGAGUCCGGACAAACGCAGAGAGCGCCGGCGGGACCAUCGGCGGCGGAGCUCUUCCGUCUCCAGGUCGGACAGCGAGGAGCUCAGGAGGAAGAUUCCGCCCCCUGACUUGCGGGACAAGGACGUCGUGGACGAACUGCGUAUCAGAGACCAUGAGAAGGAAGCGGCCUACGCCGCCAUGUCGUUCUCGUCCAUGGGCAUGGAGCACGCCGUUCAGCACGGCGUGGAACAGGAACUUGAACACGGCGUCCAGCACGGCGUGCAGCACGGAUUGCAUCAGGACGUGCACCACGAUGCGCACCACGACGCGCUCCACGGGGCGCACCACGGCCUACUCCACGGCGUGCACCAUGGCGUGCAUCCCGUCGCGCACCACGAGGCGGCCGGCCUGGCCGGGCUGGGCGCGGAGCCCAUGGCGGCGACCUCCACCAGCAUGGCGUGCACCGCCAGCAGCAGCAACUCGCCCGUCAUGGGGUACCGACGCAGCUUGGCCGACUCAACCACCAUCGAUGCUGACUUGGGUAAACGGGACAGGCAGGCAGCAGGCCACUUGUCUCAGAGCCAGCAACGAAGUGGGAGGAGUAGGGACUAUGACGAAGCCAAAGCAAUGCAAAGAUCAGCCAGUCAGUUUGAAGAUGAGGAAGAAGACGGAGAAGAGGAGGUGUCCUCUCCAUCACCCAAGAGGAUAUCUCUGGACGACAGGAUUGAACUGGAGCUGGGCCGACAGAUGGGAAUGGGGCGAAACCCACCCCCUGCUCCUCCAGUGCCUUCGACUGCUAUUCCUCCUCAGUAUUUAUACCCCUCUUAUCCUGGCUACACUUUCCCUGGCUACCCUGCUGCAGGUCCAGCAGUUCCCUCAGCUGCAUCGAGAGUCCUGCAGGUUGGCAACAUGCUGCAAGUUGUCCCUGUGGACACACCUCCUGUCGCGCCGCUGGCUGCAGCACCUGUGCUGCACUCCAUCCACCCUCACAUUCCCCUACAGCAAAACCAUGUGCCUGUGGGGUCAUCGAGAAAGGCGGUUCCUAGUGACCCCCUCUCUCUGUCAUCCUCUUCAUCUUCGCACAUUAAACAAGUGGGUAACAUGAUCCAGGUGGUACCGGUGGCGUGCUCCACCCAGCCGCAAGCUGUCCCUGGAUCCACGGUCCCUGGUCCUGUCCCCGGCCUCGGCCUCGGCCUUGGCCCCGCCGCCAACGAGGCCUCGCUCUCGCCCGUCAAGAGGGCGGUCGCUUCGCCGCCGCCGCCAGCGCCUCUGCCUGUGCCCGCCCCCGUCCCCGUGGCGCCUGCGGCCCUCGCAGCCCCGGCGCUUGUCCCUGCACCAGUCCCCGUCCCCGCCCCCGCCCCCACUCGCACCCCCGCGGCCACCCCCGCCGCCCCCAGCACUGCCCCCCAGUCUAGUCUCGCCGCAGCGGCCGCCGCCGUGGCUGCCGCUAUCGCUGCCAACUCGCCGGAUGAAUCUGCCAAAGAUGACACCGUAGUCCCUGUUCCUCAGCCGAGCAAAUCUAUAACUGAAUUGCCAUUCCUACCACCUGACUUGGUGACUGCUAUGGAGGAAGAGAGGAUACGUAAGCGCAAAGAAAGAGAGUUGCGAAGACAGCAGCGUGAAGAGAGGCGCAAGCAAAAGGAACUUCGACGGCAGCAGAAGAUUAAAAAAGCUGCUGAACUGUACAAAAAAAAUAAGAAGUCUAAGGCACUUCUGCAAGAAGGUCAACUUCUACGCUCAGAAUUUGAAAUAGAAGAAAUGAGACUUAUAGAGGAAGCAAUGUUGAAUUCUGAGUUGGCUGAUGGCACUGAAGAUAAUGAUACAGAAGUGGGAGCUGGGGAUAGCGCUGUUCGCAAACGUCUGAAGCCUGUGCCUCUUCCUCCUGCAGGAAAGGGUAUACUCAUUUCUCCGGCUUUUAGCCGUGAAGACAGCUCUGGCGGACCACCAGCUCCAAAAGAAGUCAAAUUUGCUGAUGGAGUCAAGCCGGGAGAUGGUACUUCCCCAUCUGCAGGAGAAGAAAUCUCAUCUCCUCUCCCACUUGAAAGGAUUCAAAAGAAGAAGGUGGUGAAGAAAAAGAGAGUGAAAAGGAAGAUUAAGGUUCAGGUUGUUCGGACGCUGCCUCUUGAGGAUGACGAUGAUGAUGAUGACGACAGUUCACCUCCACCUCCUCCCCCUGGCUCACCUCCCCCUUCAGCCUAUCCUCCAGGAACUUAUCCAGGAUAUGCUUCGGGGACUUCAGGAUAUGUUUAUGCACCCCCUGCUUUUUCUGUGUUGCCCACUGUCCCUGUGUCAGCCACUUUGUUUCAACAAUUUGCGCAACCACAUCAACUACCACCACCACCACCCGUUAAAAAGUGAAGAGCCUAGAGAAUUACCUUUCACUGUCUCAAAAUAGUGAAUCCACCUGUUUGUUACUUGUGUUGAGCAUAUUUUUCUCUUGAAGAGUGAACUUUAAUCAAUUUUGUUGUACAAUUAUUUUUUUUUUUUUACUUUUUUCUUCUGAUACUGUGUACAGUUUCAACUAUUGCUCAUUUGAGAUUUGAUUCUUCUUUUUUGUUUGUUUUCAAAUAUAAAUUUAUCACUCUCCAAUAAUCACUGGUUGGAGUUUGUGUCUUGACUGGCACCUGUGUGAGGUUACCAAUGUUUUACCAGAGUGGUAUUCUGGUAGUCAGUCCAUUAGUGUUUGUUGUAAUUGGAACACUGCAGUGUCACAUUUGUUUUGUUUGCCUCAUUUCAUGUUGUUGAUGGCUUGGUUACUGCUGUGUCUUGUUUUACUAAUUAUGAUUUGAGAUUGAAGAGUGUAGACAAAUGUUCUAUUUUUUAAAAAGGUUAAAUAAAUUAAGUUUAGAACUUGA